AUGCUUGACAACCUUAUUUCCAAAGUUUCUCCUCAGGCAAUGGAAAAACCUACGGCCCCAGUGGUGGACUUCAGUUAUGUGGGCAUUGAUGCCAUCUUGGAACAGAUGAGGAGAAAGGCCAUGAAGCAAGGAUUUGAGCUUAACAUCAUGGUUGUAGGACAGAGUGGCCUGGGCAAAUCCACUCUGAUGAACACAUUGUUUAAAUCAAAAGUCAGUCGCAAGUCUGUGACGGCCACUGCUCAAGAAAAGAUCCCCAAGACAAUUGAAAUUAAAUCUAUAAGUCACGAUAUCGAGGAGAAGGGAGUGAGAAUGAAGCUGACUGUUAUCGACACACCUGGCUUUGGAGACCAGAUAAACAAUGAGAACUGCUGGCAGCCCAUCAUGAAAUUUAUUAACGACCAAUACGAGGCGUAUCUGCAGGAGGAGAUAAACAUUAACAGGAAGAAGAGGAUCCCGGACUCUAGAGUCCAUUGCUGCAUAUAUUUCAUCCCACCUACUGGACACUGUCUGCGGCCUCUUGAUGUGGAGUUCAUGAGGCGUCUGAGUAAGGUCGUCAAUAUAGUUCCAGUUAUUGCUAAAGCGGAUACGCUCACCCUAGAGGAGAGGGACUUCUUUAAAAAGAAGAUUAGGGAAGAGCUGCGAGCCAACGGGAUUGACAUAUACCCCCAGAAAGAGUUCGACGAGGAUACCGAGGACAGAAUGAUCAACGAGAAGAUCAGGGAAAUGAUCCCAUUUGCUGUUGUGGGCAGCGAUCAGGAGUACCAGGUCAAUGGCAGGAGAUUGCUGGGGAGAAAAACCAAGUGGGGAACAAUUGAAGUUGAAAACAUAGCCCACUGUGAAUUUGCCUUUUUACGGGAUCUUCUUAUCAGAACCCAUAUGCAGAACAUAAAGGACAUCACCAGCAGCAUCCACUACGAAAUGUACCGCGUGAGGCGCCUUAAUGAGAACAACACGGCGGCGCCUCAAGCCAACGGCGUGCCUGAACAUCAUUUAACUGCCCACGAGAUGUAG